GAGCCCCGCGGGAGCGUCCGAGGGCACCGCAUCCGGAGUAGGGCAGCGGAGCUGGGAUGGGGAGGCACUGGCACAGGUUGCCCAGGGAAGUUGUGGCUGUCCCAUCCCUAAAGGUUCAAGGGCAGGUUGGAUGGGCCUUGGGCAGCCUGAUCUAGUGGGAGGUGUCCCUGUCCAUGGCAGGAGGUUGGAACUAGAUGAUCUUUAAGGUCCCUUCCAACCUGAACCAUUCUACGUUUAUGUGAGCAGCUGAGGGAACCAGGGCUGUUUAGCCUGGGAAAAAAAGUUGAGGGGAGACCUUAGCACUGUCUACAGCUGCUUGAAAAGAGGUUGUAGCAAGGUGGGUGUUGGUCUCUUCUCCCAGGUUACAAGUGACAGAACAAGAAGGAAUGGCCUCAAGUUGUGCCAGGAGAGGUUCGGAUUGGAUAUCAGGAAAAACUUCACUGAAAGGGCUCUCAGGCACUGGCAGAGGCUGCCCAGCUGGGUAGUUGAGUCCCUGGAGGUGUUUAAAAGACAGUGUGGCUGUGAGUCCUGGGUGCCAUUCUGAGUGAUUGAAACACCAUAAAAUGGUGGUGGUUUUGCCAUUAGGAUCCAUCAUGGGAAGAAUAUUAAGGUGUUGGUAUAAAAGAUGAGGUUGAAUGAGAACCGGACAAGAUCCUUCCAGGCUCCUGUCACCGUCCACAAUUUCCCAGGCAGGCAAGUGUAUGUGUUUCCUGGUGGCCAAUCUGGUUCUGAAGAGUCAUCAGAGGAGGAACUCAAUGUUAUGGAAUUGCGACCGAGGGGCAAGGAGCAGCAGCAGCGAUGCAGCACUUCUCGGGACAGAGUUGGAGAUGUGGUACUACUGGAACGAGAGAUUACGGAGGAUGAUAAUCUUAACAAGCUAGCCCUGCAGUAUGGUUGUAAAGUUGCGGAUAUCAAACGUGUGAACAACUUCAUCCGGGAGCAGGACUUGUAUGCACUGAAGUCAAUCAAGAUCCCUGUGAAGACCCAUGGGUUGUUAACGGAGAACAGCAGAGAACUACGGCCGCCCACGACUGCGCUCUCCCAGACUGGCCUGACGCUCGUGGACUUACCAGAGCCUGAAGAUGGCAUGAGCAGCUCUGCUGACAGCAGACACCUGAGUGACUACUUCAAGGGGAUUGACAAGAGCAUUCAGGAUGCGGUGCAGGCAGAGGUGCAGCUAAACACAGAGUAUUGCAUGGAGAGGCCGCUGCCUGAGUCAGGGAAGCAGGAGACCACUAAUGGUGCGGACUGUGGAAUCCAGUGGUGGAACGCAGUUUUUAUUAUGCUCCUGAUAGGAAUUGUCCUGCCAGUGUUUUAUAUCAUCUAUUUUAAAACUCAAGGCCUGGCGGCCCAUACCUCCAACGUAACACAAACCUCAAAUAUUACAAAUAUUUCAACAGAUGGAUUGGAAGGGAAAUUACCGCAAAGCUCAGUUGUAGGAAGAAAAUCCUGAGGGGGAGAGUUGGGCAAACCCUGCCUCUCCUCUUGACACUGACACCACUGCGCCCGUGACUCUGAGUCGAGUGCAUUCAGGGGGAUAAUGAUACAGGUUAUUUUUACUUUUUUAAGUAGCUGAUGUUAUAAUCAUGAACUUGACAGAAAGUGAGGAGGCGAUUUUUGUGGAAGAAUAAGGAUGCUUUAUUGCUUAUAAGGAUCACCAGGCCGCUGGCCUAACAAUCAUGAACUCCACUGAGGGAAGGUGUUUUGUAGCCAUGUACUCAUCUUGGUUGCUUCAGGUAUUUCUCAAUGCCUUGUCUAAGAAGCGAAACCUUUGCUGCUGUGAAGAAAAGUGCAGUAUUAAUGUGACUGGAGACUUGGGGGUUGUUUGCAUUUUAAGAAAACACUUUUUGCUUAGAGUAGAAGCAGGGACUCUUCUUUUUCGCUGAACUGUCAUUUUUAUCUCCUGCAGACCGUGGCAGCAUUGGCAUAAUUAAGCCUAAAACGAUGCCUUCUAGUGUGUGUGUGCUAGGUGUGCCAUGGCACGGGGAUGGUGGCAGCACCUCCUCUCUGUAUCCCUUCGAGCAAGUCUUUAAGCUGCAUUUAUUAGAGUGCUGUGAAGGGUGAGCCCAAGCCUCUUCUCCUCAAUUAAAUCCUUCAGAGACUUCCCUUGCAAUCCGGUGUCUCUGCAGACAGAGCUCGUUGCAGAAGCUGUGCUUUCACCAGGGUACUGGGCGUACAGAGGCAACACUACAGCAUGACGGCAGGUGGGCAGAGUAUUGGAGGAAGUGGCAAGAGGAGUGUUAGGCCCGUGGUACCCAGUACCUGGGUCUCAACGGUGCAUUUGGGGGAGGGUGGGCUUGCCAGUGUGAUUUUUUUUAAAGAAAAUUAUAAUAAUUCAUAAUGGUGCCCCUCAAACACCUCAUUUCAGUUGUGGGUUUGAGUGUCCUUUUUUGUAGUCUUCAUGCGAGAGCGUGUUGCUAUGCUGUGUUUAAUUUGUAAAGUCCAGGAACGCAGCCCUGUGGUGUUUCUGGCAGCCACAGGAGGAAGGGCAGGUUCUUUCUAGGCUGGGCACGGUGAAGCUGCUGCAGGUCACACGCUUCUAUGAGCUGCUGGCUCUGUUAAAAAGCUUCUGGGUGAAGUUUUGGAGGCUGAUGGUACCGCAAGAUGUUGGUAAGGUCUGGGCUGUUGAGGGCGAGUCGGUAAACGCUACAUGGCAGAGGUGAGCAGAAACUGACACUUUGGAAGUUUUGCUGCAGAGGAAGAUUUGCCUCAAAAUUUUAAUUCAGCAAAUGAGGGGUCGCAUGGGCGGAGGGGAGCUCUCCUGGAGCCAGGCACGAAGGGGUUGUGCAGCACUGGUGCAUGAAACAUAGGCGAAGUGGUCAACACACAGGAUGUGAUGUCUCUGGCCGUGAUAUCAGCCCCUUUCGGGGCUGGUCUGGUCUCCUACCAUCGUUCUGAGGGCAAGGGCAGAGCUGGGGGGCAGGGGAUGGAAUGGUUUGUCCUCCCUGGCCCUGCUCUGGCCUCUUCUGCCACAGGGGCAGUGGUGGUGCAGAGUUAACCCAUCGAGACCUGCUGCAUGUGAGCAAGGGCUGCCCUGGCCCUGGGGUUUUGUGUCUCUGGGCGAAUGCUGUCCCUGAGGAGGGGCAGUGUCCGCCUGUGGUGGGGCGUGAGGCCUCUCCUGCAGCGUAGGAACAGCGCACCGAGCAGCUGCGACCCUGCAGUGGGCAAAAUCCAAGUGCUCGGGAUCCUGGUUUCGUAAGUGCAGACUCUGAAGUAUCUGAUACUGAAGAAAAACUUGCGUUUUCCUUCUGUGAAGGAAAUGGGUCUCUUGCUGUUCAGGGGGGAUUCUUACAUUUUUAAAUAAAGCAAAAUGAGAUAAAAGCACAAGGGGCACUGCCCCCCCCCGCCCCCACUGGCUGGCGCUUUGCUUUGUCACCACAGCAGGACGAUGGUGUUGCCCUGCUGAGCACAUUCCUUAGAGCCCAGGGCCUUGCCACGGCUCUGCCAGACACCUCUGCAGCCAAUACAGCACUUCCCCCACACGCGGCUGUUGGCUGGGCCUACAGCAGCACAAGGAGCGAUGGCAGUGCCAAAGGACCCCUGAGCAUCGGGCAGGAGGGAAGGGCCCUCUCACUUCAGCCUGGGCUCUGGUGAGUUUCUGUAGCAUCUUGUAGUGAGGGCCUGACAGAGCAUCGUUCUCAACUGGAAUGUAAUAAGAGGUACAGGUAUCCCCCAAAAAAACAUGGAUUAAAAAAAUCCUUGCGAACAUUUGAAAACCAAACAGCACUGGCGGCAUUCCAGCAGGCUGGAAACAUGGCGAAACAGGCUCUGCAAACACGAGAGAGGCUGGGGUACACAGUAAAAGCCAGUAUCUUUACUUUAGUGAAUGCAGGAUACAAAUAUUUUACAACAACCUCUAGCAUUUUCUUAACCAUUUGAUAAAAAGUUCACUAGAAUAUUUAUUGUAUAUUGAAGAAAAAACAACACAUUCAGGGAAAAAAUUGAGAUUAACUUAUUUUUUUCUUAAAAGAUUCGUCUCAAGGAUGGCAACAAAGUCCAGCUUGUGCCGCCAAACGGCUUAUCAUCAUUAAACCGUGAACAGCUUCUUUGUGAACUGUUGACUACAAACAUUUACCAAAUACAUAAAUCUCUUUUAAAAAAGCCAUUUUAAAUAUAGCAAAGCAGUGUUCUCUUGCACAGCAAAGUGAAGAAAGUUUCUACUAAGAUUUAAAUGUCUACAUUUGUUAAGUCUUUCUUUCACAUUCUAAUUUCACUUCUUCCCAUGAUCAAUUGUUAGGAGUUAUUUUGUUCCUUAUUUACUAUGUAUUUCUUGUGCGCACAGUAAUUCGCAAGUUUCUGAUGCAUUAGUGUCCUUUAAAGUGAAAGGAAAGGCUAAAGCAUUUUUCUCUGACAAACCCCCAAGAACGUACGUUUCCAAUACUACAGCGAGAGCGGGAGAUGGAGAGGUGAUUUGUCACAAUAGCAGAUAAAAAUAUUAUAUCAUUCAGACUCGAAUGGGUUCAGACAGGGUUGGAUCCACUUGCAACUCGGUUCAGUGCAGCUAAUUAAAAAAGUAUGGUUUACCUGUUGAAA